AUGGAGAGCCAAGAAGUUCGGUCUUCGUCUCGGGGCCAACAGGAGCGUGCCCAGCAGCAUGCCGAGUUGCUUACGGAUCCUGUGCUGGUUUGUUUCUCGGAUGAGGAGAGAAGUGGGGUUUGUCGCGUGGAAUGCUUGGUUCAAGACGCCCUGGUGAGAUACAAAGCCUGUGAGGCUUUCUACAACAUUGCCAAGGUGAUCCGAGCUGGAAUUCUUCGGAACAUCAGUGGUGUCUUCGAUGGUCUCUGCAGGCUAUACACAGACGUCGAGCAGAACAUUAAGGAGGGUGCCCAAAGCCUGGACAGACUCAUCCGUGACAUCGUCAUGGAGCAGCGGCAUUUCGACUUCGCAGAGCUGAUCCCUCUGAUCACAUGCAGGAUCCACAUCCUCAAUCCGAAUGUUCGCCAAUUGGUGCUCGGCUGGAUCGUUCUCUUGGAUUCCUUGCCACAGGUAGACAUGAUCUCCUUCCUGCCUCACUUUCUGGAGGGCCUUUUCAGCAUCCUUGCAAGCGAGAACCGUGACUUCCGCAUGAAGGCCCAGCACUGUCUGGAGAGCAUCUGGGACACCAUCAAACGCUCUGCUGUUGACCGCCCGGAGCGGACACAGCAGGCCAUAGCUGAGGCCUGGCACUGCCGAGACUGGCGCUUGCCGUAG